GCAUUCUGGCCCAAACAGGAUAUGAGUGACCGUCUGUCAAUGAUUGGAGAAUGUCGGAGGGUGUUGCAAUGUUUUCCUUCUCGUCAUUGGAUUUCCUUUGCGCCGCUCAAAACUACUGCUGCUGCUGCCGCCGCUGAGAUCUGUGCGGCGCGCACGUCCUGCAGCUGAGCCCACCACUUGUCACUAGAACAAACCGCUGUCUCCGGUUGACAAGAUGAGGAGCAGUGACCUCCGAGAGGGAACAUGACGCUUGGAUUUUUUACAUCAUGACAUGAACAAAAGAGCCAGCUGGAACUAUAUUUUUCCUUUUGCCCUUUUGUUGUGUCCAUCUGUUUUGUUUUUCUCCUGUCCACAUGUCUCUCUGCUGUUGCCAACACUAAGAUGGAGGACAGAUAAGACUUUCAUGCACUCCUUUUGUAUUUUUAUUGUUAUCACUUAAAGCCAAGAGCCAUCCUGCACUUUUCAUGUUUGUCCAGCACCUAACAGGCCCCCUUUAAAGCAUUUUUAUUUAAUGACAUUUCUUAGCCUCGUUUCAUAAUCUAGGUGUUAUUUUUUUCCAGUCUUACUCAUUUAUUUAAUCAGUAUUCUCAGUGAAACUUGAUGUCUGUUUUAAUUAUUUAAAAGAGUUCUAUUGGAAUUUGUAGCUGCUAAGUUGCCUUAAGUUGUGAUGUCACUUUUAUUUUACCUAUUGGAUCUGACUGUUGUUUUAAAUGUUGAGUAUUUUAAACUUUGACCCGAUUGGAAGUAAACUGUAGAGAUUGACCAAUAGGAGCCGCACGCUGGACCCUUUCAUUUUACACAAUAGCAGCGGAAAUUAUUGACUUUGUUCUCCAGUGAAGACACCGAGAAGGACACAUGGGAAGAAAAACAUUCACGAACUGAAAGAGCUUUUUCAACCUUGGAAUUCCAUUUUGCAGCUUUUUAGAUUUGUAAUUUUGUUUGUGCCAGUAAAGCUCGUCCACCUCCAGCAAGCAAAGAUGCGCUCUCGAGAACCGUCCUCCUUCCCCCCAUCAGAAGCCCUCCUUCACGGCCAGUUUGCCAGCUGGGAGUCCGGCAACAAUGGCAGUAACAACAACAGCUGCCCCAAUAGCCCAGGUGGCUCGGGCCGAAUCUCUCCCGCCGCCUCCCCGACACUGGCUCCGUCCUCCAACUACGCCCUGACCCUUACCCACGCGCACAUUCACAUCCAGCGCCUGUCGCCACGUCCGGGCAAAGAGGCCCGUCUCCUGCUGCCCCUGUCGGAGCUGGUGGGAUGCAGCUGCCCCCGAGCCCCCGCUCCCCCUCUCUUGGUGCUCUACUGGUACCCGCCGGGUAAACGACGCAAAGGGGUAUCGCGGCGCCGCCAGGUGAGGGCCUACCUGGCUGAGAGCAGACCUGAGGCAGAGAGAUGGUCAGCCGCCGUGCAGUGUUUACUCCGAGGGGUGCUGGUCACUGCAGAAACAGAAUUUUCCAGAAGCCUCCUACCUCGUCCCAGGCGACUACUACUGCUGGUCAAUCCCUUCAGCGGGAGAGGACAGGCAAUGCAGUGGUGUCAGACCCAUAUCCUUCCAAUGAUUAGAGAGGCCAACAUCAGCUACAACUUGAUCCAAACAGAGCGUCAGAACCACGCAAGAGAGCUUAUUAGGGAGAUAUCGCUCCCAGAGUGGGACGGUAUCAUCAUUAUUUCUGGAGAUGGCCUCCUGCACGAGGUGAUAAACGGCUUAAUGGAGCGUGCAGAUUGGGAGCAAGCAAUAAAAACACCUGUUGGCAUUCUGCCCUGUGGCUCUGGCAACGCACUGGCUGGUUCCAUCAACCACUAUGCAGGGUAUGACAUGUGCCUUCGGGAGCCUCUCCUUUUGAACUGCUGCUUCCUGUUGUGUCGCGGCGGCGUGCAGCCGAUGGACCUGGUCUCCGUGACGACUAGCCCGCCCACCACCACCAACACCAACAGUCGAGCUGCUCAUGCAGCCCCCAGGAGGCUUUUUUCUUUUCUGUCUGUCGCCUGGGGAUUUGUGUCAGAUGUGGACAUUGAAAGUGAGAGGUAUCGUGGCUUGGGCUCGGCACGUUUCACACUGGGCACACUGGUGCGCAUCGCUUCCCUCCGCUCCUACAAGGGCCGUCUGUCCUACCUCCCUCCGUCCAUCGUACCCUCAUCGCCCGAUGCCACGCCUCCCCCGCCGAGGAGGCCCCUCUCCCGCAGCAUCACAGAGGGCCUGGAAGGUUUCUGUAAAACCCCCAUCCAUCGCACCUCCUCCGACAUGGGCAUCAGCGAACAGAGGUGUCUGCGGCGCGGUGAGGGAGAGCGGGAGAAGGAGGAGAGGCAGCGGGAAAGAGAGAGGAGACGUGAGCGAGCCCGGGGAGGAGGAACGGGUGUGGUGAGGGCCAGCAGCUUGAUGGAGGACAGGGAAAAGGAGAAGGAGGGGGAGGCUGAGAUGGAAGAGCAGAGGCUGAAGGGGGAAAGGGGUAACUGCAACAUGGGAGGAGAUAAUGGAUUGGCACAGAUAAAAGAUGAACAAGAGGGUGAGGGAAGAACAGAAGAGGACUCCAGUGAAAUGGAGGAGGAGGAGGAGGAGCAUCAGGCGGGUGAUGGGGUAGACCAUGUAAAGGGUGAGGGGGUGGUACAUGCUCGAGAGUUUGGUGAAGGUAUGGAGGCAGACCAACGUUGCUUCCCCUACCAAGAUGGACCCCAGGAAGCCAGACAGGCCCUCAGGAAGAACUCUGCUCCUUCAAAUCAGAUUGCCAACACUCUGUUCGGUCAAGCUGACUGUGAUUCCAACUCCUCCUAUGGGGUGGAGGACAUGGACCUGAAUGGAAGCUACUACCAGAAAGAGGUUUACCCUCUUGACGUGGGCCGUGAACGAGCCCUCACCAUCUCAUCCCCCUUUCGUCACUCCCCCUUCUCCUAUAAACCCAGAACUGUGGACCAGAACCAGAACUCUUCGCGGCCGAGGCCUCUCUCACUCCUGCAGCACUCCCACUCCAACUCCCUGCCUCCUAAACUUCCCUCCUUGUCCCUCUCGCUGUCUCCUACACCCCCAUCUUCGCCUUCGUGUGCCUCACCACACUCCUCGUCAUACCUGAUCCCGCGCCCCAACACGCCCGGAUCCACCUCUCCGUCGCCCACCAUACGAACACCUUCCUCGUCUUUCAACUUUGACAUAGCCGAGCCAGCCGGACCCCUCAAGAACCGUCCUUACGUCACACUGCCUUUAAAUGUCCCGAAAGAUGACUUGUUGCCAUCUCUGGACCAACCCCUUCCCACACGAGACUGGAUCACCAUAGAAGGGGACUUUGUCCUGGUCCUGGCCCUCUAUCAGAGCCACCUGGGAGCUGACCUCCACGCCGCUCCACAGGCCAGAUUCGACGAUGGACUUAUCCACCUGACCUUUGUGCGGGCGGGCAUAUCCAGAGCCACGUUACUCCGACUGUUCUUUGCCAUGGAAAGAGGAACCCACCAUUCUGUAAGCUCACCGUAUGUCAGCCACGUUUCCUGUCGAGCCUUCAGGCUGCAGCCUCUGUCUACACGCGGGACACUCACUGUGGACGGCGAGCUGGUGCCUUAUGGACCUUUGCAAGCACAGGUUCAUCCAUCCAUGGCGCGGCUCAUUGUUGGUGAUGCAGGAAUGCAGGACACCAGGUUCUAAUCAGGGAUUGGUAGAAGCUGAUCAAAAGCACUCACUUCUGAAUUACAUAAUGUCUGUUUGCUGCGCAUGCUCUGAGAGACAGAAAUGACCUGGAUUGCACAAACAAUUUGACGGAAAAGGGAUAACUUUACCGAGCCAUGCAUCGUUAAGAGCAGGAAUGCAGGGAUUAAUAGUGGUGAUCUGUUUUUUUUUUUUUUCUUUUUUAAGAAAAUAGAUUAAAACUGCAGCACGUUGCACAGCUGUGGGAUUACGUUAAGUGAACCUGCAGACCCAUGAAAACUGCACAGGCUGGAAUAACGAGGGAAGAACAAUUGAAUGUUAUCUGAUUUUUUUUUUUUUUUUUUUGCGACGACAGUGCAUGUGUUGGGUUAUGUAUACACGGCAGUAUGCAUGCUCAGAAGCACUGUCCAUGUCUUGCCUUACAGGGAGCUUCUUUGCAAAUGACACCAUAGACCGUUCAAACGUUUCAACCUUCGUUUGUUUACACACUUCAUUUCACUUGCAUUACCCCCAACAGUAUUUGAUGUUUUCAUUAUUUUGCACUCAAUAAUUCUCUGGAAGGCAUUUAACUAAGUUUGUGCACCACAUGAAAGCCUCUUUCACACAAAGCCGUGACAAAAGACCUGGCAUUUAUCCACAUUUUACAUAGAACCAAGCAAAAGCAAGAAAUUGGCAGGGCACACUAUCUAUACGAUAAAGGCCGCGAUUCCAAAAGGUUGAAAAUGACACUCCUGAAAACAAAACAGCAACCCAAAAAAAGGCCUAAAAAGAGCCAACUUUUAAAGGCACUGGUCUCUUAUGGCCCCGUCACACCAUGACGCUCUGUUCAACGUUCUCUGAACAUUUUAAUCGUUCUAUUUUUCAGCAUUCUCAAAUGAGGAUGACACGUUUCGCGUGUGAUUAACGUGUGUGUAAUGCAUGACUAACGUGUGUCUCACGCACGAGAAGCGUGUUAACAGCAAGCAAAUAACAUACCCCUAAAAACGAUUAGCGUGUGUCACUGGCGCGCAACGAGCGAUUUGUCAAUGUUAGACGAGCGUGUGACUAAACGGGUGAAUAACGACAGAAUAGCGUUUUGGUGGCGUGUAAUUUUUACAGUGGAACGGGAACGAAAAUGUUGGAAAUUUCAUACUCGCUUCAAUUGUUCUCGUGAGUUUGAACAGUCAGCAUCAUGCCGCCUAGACGAAAAAAAGGUGGGGUGCGGACUUCAGCAACUAGCGCUGCAAAGCAUCGGUUUAUGUACCCAUAUGCAUGGACGUUCGGGAAACGCACGAAUAAUGCUCAAUGGACGCCAAAUGGCGUUCGUUUGACUUUAGUUACACGCUGUCUGCGGUAGGGGAUUGUUCAGUGGUCGUUCACUGCAAAGCAAACGAUUAAGUAACAACUAAGUAAAGCUUGAGUUACGACUGACUAACAGCCAAACGCACGCAACGCAACCUUAGUAAAACGUUCCACGAACGUUCUGCAGCAUUUAAAAUUAAACGUUGAUGAAUGCUGGUCUCGGUGAGAACUUUUGUGCAUGUUCAAAACUUUUUUUCCGGACCGGCGUUCUCCGCCGAUUCCCAGCGAUCAUUGACGUUCACUAUUGUUCAAACAACGCUCUUCUGCUCGUCAUGGCGUGACGGGUAUCCUGGAAAAUCGGAGCAUCUGAGCUGUAACGCAGACACCUGCAGUCGAAAUGUGUGCUGCUACUUUCAGACAACAACAACAACAAGGCAGGAAAAACGAAGUGUGAACACUAAAAAAGGGACAGAAUGCCACCUUUUAGAGGCAAUGUGAAAGGGGCUAAAAUCGCAACACUAGAAUGCACACAGAUGUUUUUAAGGCGGAGACUCACUCACAGAAAAGAUAGCACUAGUAAAAGUACCUUAGUGCAGAUGCAUGAUGCUACAAGAAAUGAUUAAUGUGAAAAGGGAAUACAUUUGUCUUUUUUUUUUUAUUUUCUUGUCCAGGAAAGUUGAAUGUAUAAACAUUUUUUUUUGGAACGGGGGCUCACAUUCGGAUUUGACAGAGAUAUAAAAGAACUUGACUGAGUGUUGACAACUGACAGGAGGAAAUCCAGUCAAGGUCUUGAGCUCUGCCUUAAAGAACUGCACAGGUAUCUACAAGUGGAAUCAACAACACGGAGUGGUGAAAUGAUGACCUAAAUCCAAUUCUGAGACCUGCUGAUGAACCGGUCAAAUCAAUAGUACGUGUACUGUAUCAAUCAGUCAAGAUAAUGUGUGAAACUCUUGGGUCCUGGUCAUGCCUGGAGAUAUCAAUGCCUUUUGUAUCAUAAGCCUCUUGAAAUUCCUGUUCGAAAAUGACUGACGUCGCCAGUCUGCUGUUUUGAGUGAACUUUGUUGUCCUUGUUUUUUUUGUCCUUUUUUUGUCCUUUUUUUUUUACACACCAGUCUACUACAGUGGCAUAGCAGCCCAGGCUUGUAACAGCACUAUGUAGAAGAAUCUCAUAAUUUACAGUGCCCUUCAUAAUUAUUGGCACCCCUGGUUAAGAUGUGUUUUUUAGCUUCUAAUAUUUUUUUUUCUAAAUAAUAUGGGACCUUAAUGGGAAAAAAGAGAAAAAUCCAACCUUCAAUACAAGUGCAUUUAUUCAGUGGGGAAAAAAAUCCCACAUAACUAAUUAUUAUUAGCACCCCUGGUGUUAAUACUUUGUACAACCCCCUUUUGCCAACAAAACAGCACCUAAUCUUCUCUAAUAAUGUUUCACAAGAUGGGAAAAUGCAGAAAGAGGGAUCUUCAGCCAUUCCUCUUUGCAGAAUCUCUCUAAAUCAUCCAGAGACCUGGGUCCUCUCCUCUUCAGCUCACCCCACACAUUUUCAAUGGGGUUGAGGUCUGGGGACUGAGAUGGCCAUGGAAGGAGCUUGAUUUUGUGUCUGGUGAACCAUUUCUGUGUAGAUUUGGCCAUAUGUUUAGGGUUAUUGUCUCGCUGAAAGACCCAUUGACGACCCAUCUUCAGCUUUCGGCAGAGGGCAACAGAUUUUUAUUUAAAAUGUCCUGGUAUUUUCAAGCAUUCAUGAUGCCAUUCACCCUAACAAGGUUGCCAGGGCCUUUGGAAGCGAAACAGCCCCACAGCAUCACUGACCCACCCCCAUACUUCACAGUGCGUAUGAGGUGCUUUUCAGCAUGCGCAUCUUUCGUGGCACGCCAAACCCACUUAGAGUGUUGGUUGCCAAAAAGCUCAAUCUUGGUCUCAUCUGACCAAUGCACACAGUCCCAGUUGAAGCCCCAAUACCACUUGGUGAACUCCAGACGUUUGCGUUUGAUUGUGAGUGAGGAAAGGUUUUCUCCGUGCAUGCCUCUCAGACAGCGCCUGCUGGUUGAUUUGGAGACUUUGUGACCCCAGGAUGCUACCAUUGGUUGUAAUUCUGUAACAGUGAGCUUUGGAGAUUUUUUAAAUUUCUCUUACCAUCCUCCUCACUGUGUGUGGUGGCAAAAUAAACAUGGGUCCUCAUCCAGGCUUGUUUACCACUGUUCCAAUUGUUUUGAACUUCUUAAUUAUUACUCUCACAGUGGAUAUGGGCAGCUGCAGUUGAGUGGCAAUCUUGUAGCCUCUGCCUGACCUGUGAAGGUCGACGCACAUCUGCCUCACUUGUAUGCUGUGUUCCUUUGUCUUUCCCAUGUUUAAGAGUGGAUAAGAGAAAUGGCCUCUGUGUCAUGUCAUAUUUAUACCCCAGGGAAACUUAAAUGUCCCUACAUACUCUGGUAAACUUUGUAAACUACUGUAGAAAUGACAGAAAUGCUUCAAUUAUAUUAAUUUCCUGGGAAUUGUUAAGGGUGCCAAUAAUUGUGGAACAGGUGAUUUAAUGAAAAAUAAUUUAGUCAGGGAUUUUUUUUUAUUUUCUUAAAAUUAAUUUGAGUUGAAGUUUACAUUUUCCUAAAAUUUUCAGUGUGAAAGUAUUCUUCUGCAAUAAACACUGAAUUUAUUUUAAGGCUUUUAACACAUCUUAACCGGGGGUGCCAAUAAUUAUGGAGGGCACUGUACAUGUUUUGCCUAAAUGUACAAUAUUUAAAUGACAAAUUUACCUAUUGUGAAUAGCCGAACUAAACAAAUUGAUAGGACAAUGCUGAUGUUUCCGGGCCUCUACUGAGAAUCCCAUUGAUUCUGUUGUCCGUUGUGGCCGUGCUUGUGAGGAAACUGCAUUUUAUUACUAAAAUGAUGGAAGAAUAUAAUAGGAAUACAGUGUACAGUUCAUAGUUGUAUAUGUUUGGAAUAAAUGUAACUUUAAAACUUUUGAAAA